AUUCGUGUAAUGCACUGUACAAAUGUUGAAAAUGAAUAAACAUCAAAAUCCAAUAGAUAAUCUUCAGAAACAUUGCCUACUAUUCGUAAAAGAAUCUAGAAAAGAACUGAAAAAGGUCUAAUAGAUGCCACAUUCAAACAAUUGUAUAAAUAGAACAAACUUGAUGAAAUAGUAACUAAAGCCCAAGAAAACAAUGAAAGUAUUUAUGAAGAGUAUGAUGAAAUAAAAAUUCAUGGAACCACAUGGAAAAUCAAUGAUAAUGUCAUCAUAAGAAAUGGUGACGAUUUUAUUGAAGAUUAUGUUGGAACAAUUUAGAAAAUUUGUUCUGUUUUAGAACCUUCGUCUAAAAAGUUAAUUUGUCUGUGCAAAGUUUAAUGGUACAUGAGAAAAAGUGAUAUUAUAAUUCAUAAGCCAAGAGCUCGAUAAUGGAUUGGAACUCAAGAGGUUUUUUCAACAAAAACAAAUAAUUAUAUACUUGCAUAGACUAUAAUGUAAAAGUGUACAAUAGUUGAUUGUGAAGAAUUUGUCAAUAUGUAAAAAUGUGAUUCUACCGCAUAUUUUAACAGACUUGAAUGGGAUGUUGAAAAUAAAAAAUUUACUAAUAUGAAUAAGAUCUAGUUAUAUUGUCUAUGCCAAUAGCCAUGGAAUCCUGAACUCAAUUACAUUUAAGUAAUUUUUAAAUUCUAUUUUUUAGUGUGACAAAUGUAAGAAAUGGUAUCACUUUUAAUGUGUAGAUUUAGUAAUUGAAUGCUACGACGAUAAAGAUUAUAUAUGUGGCUAUUGCAAUUGA